ACUCCUCCGGUUACUCAUCAAGAGAAAGAAGAAUCUAUUGUGGAUGAAGCAAAAAAGACAACUCCUCCUUCUGCUAUUGAUUUAGCUCUUAACUCAGUGGUUAAGGUCUUCACCGUCUCUAGCAAGCCUAGACUUUUUCAACCUUGGCAGAUUAGUAUGCAGAAUGAAUGCUCUGGCUCUGGAUUUUUAAUAUCGGGAAAGAAGAUUAUUACAAAUGCGCAUGUGGUGGAUAAUCACACAUCGGUUAAAGUACAAAAGCACGGUUCAGCCACCAAGUACAAAGCAAAAGUUCGAAUGAUUGGGCAUGAAUGUGAUUUAGCCAUCUUGGAGGUCGAUAACGAUGAGUUUUGGGAGGGAAUGAACUUCUUGGAGCUUGGAGACGUACCCAAGCUGCAGGAAGAGGUGCACCUUGUUGGCUAUCCUUGUGGUGGUGACAGUAUAUCCGUUACAAAAGGUGUUGUGUCGAGAGUUGAACUAAAAGAAUAUAGUCACAGCUCGACAGAGCUACUCACAGUACAAAUAGAUGCAGCUAUCAAUUCUGGAAAUAGUGGUGGUCCUGUAUUUUUGGGAAACAAAGUGGCUGGUGUAGCAUUUGAAGGUUUGUUCUGGUCCGAUGGUAUUGGUUACAUGAUUCCAACUCCAGUAGUUAAGCACUUUUUAGACUGUGUUGAAGAAAAACAUGUUAGUUUCGGCUCAAUGAAUAUAUCAUAUCAGAUGAUGGGGAAUGCACAAAUUCGUGACUAUUUCAAGAUGAGCAAAGAUAUGACAGGGAUUCUUGUAAACGAAAUAAACCCGCUGUCCGAUGCUUACAACUUUCUGAAAAAGGAUGAUGUUAUUCUGGCCAUUGAUGGUGUUCCUAUAGGAAAUGAUAGUAAAGGUACUA